UGUGUGAAAGUAUAAUGUUUUUCCUCAGCAGCAGCUACUAUUUCAUUCUACAGGUGUGUUGUUAGGUGAAGGUCAGAGCAGUUACAGAAUGUUGCUUGGUAACGAUUGCUUUUAUACACAUACACACCUUUUGAAGGUUUAAUUAAGUCAGUUUAAAUGUACAUUUUUAUUCAUAAAAAACAUUUAGUAGUUAUUUUAUGUAAUUUGUCACGUCAUCUAAGUAUUACAGUGCUGUACCUGAACCUUUCAGGAGCUAAAAAUAAAGAAUAAACGGUUUCUACUUCAAUAUGACCGUAUUAGUACACAACCUGUUCAAAAAGUUUAGUAGUGACGUCACCAUUUAAAGAGGAAAAAUUAGGGGGGUGAUUCCACACGAGCCCAUUUGAGCGUGACACACUAAACAGGAAGUCGUCAACCGUUGGGAAAACAAACUUAACAGUACCUGUAAGUUAAGUUUUUAACACCAGAAGUUCGCCCAUAUUCUAACUUAUUGGUUGGUUAAGUGUUGUCAUGUUAAUUCGUUUUAUCUGAGGAUUAUUAUGUAAUUAGGUGUGUGGCGGGACGAGCGAAGAGGAAGAAGCGAUGUCCGAGCUAAGUGACGAGGCCAGCGAGUCGGAGCAACUGGGGGCCAGCCUGUCCCUGUGGCUGGGGGAGUCCCUGGUGAGACUCGAGGAGCUGCACGUCCCCCUGGACCUCCACACCGCCUCCUCCAUCGGCCAGUAUGACGUGGUGGCGGAAUGUAUUAAAAAGCGUGAGGUGGAUCUGAAUGGCAAGAACAUUGGAGGAUGGACCCCACUGAUGUACGCAUCUUACAUCGGCCACGACAACAUCGCAAAUCUCCUGCUGGAGGCCGGCGUGGACGUAAAUGCGACCACUGACAAAGGACUGACCCCUUUGAUGCUGGCAGCAAGCUGCGGGAAUGAAAGCAUCGCAUACUUUCUGCUUCAGCACGGUGCUGAGUUGGAGCUGAAGGACUCCCAAGGCUGGACCGCUCUGUUCCACUGCACGAGCACAGGGCACCAGCAGAUGGUCCGGUUCCUGCUGGAUAACAAUGCCGACGCCAAUGUCAAGGAGCCGGGGUCCGGGUUCACGACCCUGAUGGAGGCUGCUGCUUCGGGACAUGAAAUCAUCGUUCAGUACCUGCUCGAUCAUAAAGUCAAGGUGGACGAGCGUAGCAGUAAAGGAGAGACGGCCCGCGCCCUGGCCAUGUUGUACGGCUUCACCAAGAUCGUCAGCCUCAUCGACUCCUCGUCUCCGAGGAACAAACUAGCACAUUUUGAAGACCUGAGCUCCUCCGAGGACUCGGACAGCGCACCCCGGCGAGCUAGGCCCGGUCGGAACCGAGUUAAAGGGGUUAGCAUCCACGACGGGCCGCAGGCCAUUGCCAAGUUUCGAGUGGGAGGCACCAGCAAAACAUCUGAGCCUCGUGCAGCGCCUCAGAGCUUCAAGACGAUUGGCGGCGCCGGUGAACAGAGUGAAGGAAUCUGCUAUCGCGAUGUGACCUCGCCCAUAAACGAGCUGGACGGCCAGAGCAACAGCAGCAGAGAUGACAGUCCGUUCUUUGAAAACAACAUGCCCACCAUGAGGAGGAGCAGCAGCAGUAGCAGCGAAAGCCUCCCCCAUGUGAUCGGCCUCAAAUGGGAAGGCUCGGUGGAGAGCAACGAGGACUCGGACCCGUGCAAAAAGAGCAGCUCUCGCCGGCUGAACAAGGGCCAUCACUCCAAAGGCAAGGGUCGCCACGGAAGCAACAACAACGCAUCGCACUCGAGUGGUACCGGUGGGAAGCUCUCCCAUGGGGCUCUUCCACCCUCUUACGCCGGUCCAAAGGAUCUGGCGGAGUUUUUGGAACAAAUUGGCUUUUCCAAGUACCUCCCGGUUCUUGAAGAGCAAGACAUCGACCUGCGGAUAUUUCUCACUCUGACCGAGAAUGAUCUCAAAGAAAUCGGGAUCACACUGUUUGGACCCAAGAGAAAGAUGACCUCGGCUAUAGCGAGGUGGCACAGCAACGCGCGACCACCCGGCGACGCUCUGGAGCAGGCCUACGCCGACCAGCUGGAGGCGGAGAUGCAGGAGAUGGCCAUUCAGCUCCACAAACACUGCGAGGAGGCGGAGAGCCUGCAGAGCCAAGUGUCCCAGGAGAAGGAGCUGCGCGCGGUGAUGGAGGGGUGUCUGAUGGAGGACAAGAUGGCGUGGAGCAGGGUCCACGCCGAGCUGGUGGAGAACCACCGGCUGGCGCAGGAGAUGAGCGCCACGCUGGCCAAGUCCAGGGCCUGCAGCGCCGAGCUGCUCCUCCGCUGUCUCGCUGCCGACGGAGCAGAGGGCGACACGGCUGGUGGGAGCGCCGGCGUUGCAGAGUUACUUAAGAAGAUGGCUUCUCAUGAGGAAGAACUGGCGGAGACCCUCCACACGGUGCUUCACAGUCUGAGGCGACUCAGUGCCCCCGAAAAAGUCUCCGAUAGCUGGGAACGGCCUUAACGCCCACAGGCUUCUCGCCAACAUCCGACGGAGGGUGAUACAACCGCCCUGAACAAUCUCACUGGAACGAAGAGGUGGCCGAAGGCGAGGUCCGUCCCGCCGAGGAGGGAAAUCAGCUGACCCGCUGCUCCUCCCGGAUUGGCCGAUGGACCCGAGCGCGCCGGACAAGGCCGACGGCAUCUGCUGCAGCAGCGGAGAGCCCGGUUUGUAGAGGAGACGGCACCAACCGGGUCAGAGGCUGUUAAACUGUGAAAUGUUUCUACAGCUGUACUGUACUCAAUAUGAAAUGAGCUUUAAGUUAUGUGCGUGCCACGAUCCGAAGAGAAAGUCACAGUUAAGACACUUUUCUGUUAUAUGAACUUUAUUUGUAUGCUGUCAUUUGAAAAUAAUGUCCUGCUGAAUGCAUUCCAGAAGUGUGUGAACUUCACCCGUUAAUCAUUUACAGCACUACACUAUUUGUAGCUUAUCAAAUGUGAUCCGUGUUACCCCCAAAUUGUCCCAUAUCUAGAAGAUGCCAGAUUGUCUUUGCUAUUAUUAAAAAGAAAAAAUGAAUUUAAAUGAUCAGUUGUAGAAAGUUUUUCAGAGGGAAAGUGCAGCACGCAUUAGGAAAACAGUUAAAUGAUUUAGGACAGUUAUUUCUUUACUUAUUAAACCUUUAAUUGGU